AGAACUGUCAAAACUUCGAAAAUGAUGAUGUUUUUUAACGAGUUUAUGUAUAAUUAAAAAGAAUAACUGUAAUUGAAAGAUAUAAUCAAUGAGAUAAAUAUUUUUUGAAUGAGAAAAAUUGCAUUUCAAUAUCAUUCAUUAUUGUUUGCUUAAAUUUUGAAACAAUUUAGAUAACCUGAAAAUACAUUACAAUUUCGAAUAUAAAUUGUAGCUUUCUACGUUACUGUAUUUUACUGUGUCUUAUUUUAUACUUUAAUGAUAUUACAUCCGCGGUAUUAUGAAGUUAUACAAUGGAGGUUUCGGAGACAACAAACCUUAUUAAAGAUUUCGAUUUAACCCUACAACCUCGUAUUUUUCCACGAUAUAAAACUUGGCUUCCUCUUGCUACACAACAGUUGAGGCUUAGAAAUCUCAUACAAGUAAUAGGAUACAAUUUAAAGUCAAAUGGAACUAAUGACAUUUCUUGGUUUUAUUAUACUCUACAUAGAACAUGUAUGUCUUCUCCUAUAUACACAAGUGAAACAAUUGAUAAUGCAAAUCCAAGGUGGUCAAGUCUUGAAGUACCAACUAUACAUGCUACCGGUUAUUCUACUGCCAGUGAGGUUAUCAUAAGGCUAUGGAAAAGGAUGGUUAUAGAUAAUACAAUGACUGAUGUAACUGUAUUUACAUGGGGCAUAUCUUUUACUGGCUUAGCAUACAUGGGCCCAAAACUACCAAAUACCUUAGAAACUGUGCUAAAAGAGAAUUCUCUAAUCUUUCAAUUUCAUGCUGGUUUUUUUACACCACUGUAUUGUUUUAUCGAAACCCCUGAAUUAAAAAGAUAUCUACAUAUCAAAAUCAACACGUCUGAAAUAAAAGAUAGUUACACUGUGAGUAAACUAAGCAGCUUAAAAAUUAAAAUGGAGGCAUUGAUGCACCAAACAGUAUUAGUGCAAAGACUUCGGAUACGAAUAGCUUCUGGGGAUAACUUUCAUACUCCGAAGUACUUUCAAUCUUCAUUAAAUAGAUUAUUUCAGCCUCAUAAAGUAAAUAAGGAAAAGAAAGCCGAGAUAAUAAAAAUACGUAAGGAAUUAGAAAUGGCUAGAUUUAGAACAAAAUUAUUGGAACAAGAAAGAACAAGGAAAAUAGGUGAAUUAAGAGUGCUAACUCAGUUGCAUUCUAAUAUCAUGGAAGAAAAUCAAGAUUAUGGUUUGAAUUUGAUGGAAAUGUUUAGAGAACUUAGUAGAGAUAUAGAAAGAUUACACGAAUGGCGACAAAAUCAAACAGAUACGAGAGAAACAUAUUUUCAAUUGAGUAAUCAACUUGCUCAUAGAAGGAGACAAUUAAUUUCGGAACUAAGUUUAAUUUAUCCUAUUACCCAGAAUGGAAAUGGAAAAUUUCGAAUACAUAAUGUACAUCUACCUGAUAGCGAAGAUUUAGAAUUGUCAAAUGAUACUGAAGUAGCUGUAGCAUUGGGAUUUGUUGCACAUACCACACAAAUGAUUGCUAAUUUCCUUAAUAUACCCACUAGAUAUCCUAUUAUACAUUAUGGAUCACGUAGUAAAGUUAUAGAUCAUAUCAAAGAAAAUCUACCUGACAAUGAGAGGCAAUUUCCAUUAUUUGCUCGUAAGGAUAAACUACACUUUCGAUAUGCUGUUUAUCUAUUGAAUAAAAAUAUAGCUCAAUUAAGGUGGUACUGUGGCCUUCCAACAACAGAUUUAAGGGCAACUCUUUCAAAUCUCGCUACUUUGAUAAAUAUUAGACCAAAUCCAUCACAUUUGGACAAUUCAAAACGAACAUAUUCUAUUUCAUCCCUGGAUAUCGAAGUUGGAAAUGGUAAACAAAAUAUACCACUAACUCCCCCGAUACAAAAAAUAAUUUUUGAAAAAUGUCAUCGAGCUUCGCGAUCUAUGAACCAAUUGAAGAGUAUAAAAUCUUCUCUUGGUUCUUCUUUGGAUCAAGGUUUAGAUAAACCUGUACAGCCCCUUGUUUUAGGCAGUCAAUCAAAACGAAUUUGCAAAUCGGAAGACAGUGCCAUUGACAAUAAAACGUUGGUACUAGCAAAAGAUAGAUCGAGUAAUAGCAGCAGCGAAACCUUAAAUAACGCUAUUCUAAGUAAUAUCAGUGAUAAGAAUGUCGAACUCAGCACUAAAGUAAAUAAUGAAAUUGUAAUAGAAAGUAAUAUUGAAAUUAUGGUACCUACAUCUGUUUCUACAUCGAUUAACGCUAUAGACAAUUUGGAAGGUACGGCGAGCAUAAGAGACAGAAGCUCAAAUUCUAUAAGUAGUUGUGAAAUGGCACUUACUAAUAGUCAAAAUGGAGACGAUAAUUCAAACGAUAAUAAUACAAUUAAAAAAGACGAAACUGAAGAAUUUAUUUCAAUCACCAAUGAAAUAUUAAAAAAUGUCAAUGAUGUUAUAGAUAAUGCUUUAAAAAACGGAAAACAUAGUGAAGAUUAUAAUUCAGAGAAUGAAGUUCCACAAGAUUGUGAUAAUUCUAGAAUGGCAGAUAGCGAAAGAAAUUAUAAUAUUCAUGAGCGUAGUGCAGGUGCUAUUGAAACGUCAGCAUACAAUAAAGAACAUUUAGCUACAUCAUGCUUAUCAUUAGACGAUAUAAUGUUAUGCACUUAUGAAGACACUAAAAAGAAACAAAGGACAAGUUCUAUUUGUAGUUACCCAGAAGAAUAUCCUUCAUCAAAGAAUACUGUAUCACAAAAACAAUACAACUUAGAAUCAAAGAAAGAUAGGAUAGACACUUUGUACUCUAAAAAUUGGUGCCAUAAUGAUGGAAAAAGAGAACCAUUGUUGGAAACAGAAUUAGUACAAACAGCACAAAAAUCAGACUGUUAUUUGUACGAUGAAACAAACAAAUGUGACUUUGAGACAUCAAGUGACUACAUUGACAUUAUUAAGCGUAGUUCAGAAAAUGUGUAUGCACGCACUGAAGCUUUAGCUAAUAAGAAAACCAGUUUUAAAGUAAUGAAACCACGUCUGUAAAAUUUACAUUCUAAAAUAUAACACAACACUGUUAUUGCUCUAAUAGUUAAUAUCUAAAUGUACCAGAUCCUAGUAAAAUUCGAUGCACAACUUGCAUAGAAAAAUUAGAAUUGAUAUCUACUACUUAAUUACAUGAAAAUCUGAAACAAAAAGAGUUUCAUGCAUUUUUCCUCAAUUAUCGAAAUACGAAACUCUGCAUUUAUCUACUAAAUACCUUGUUUAGAAUUUACUAAAAACUAAAAGGAAAAAAACAUUUAAAAAAAAUAGAUGAAUUAUAUUUGUUAUG